AUGCCAAUGCGCCUCCACCUCCACCACCUCCUCCUCCUCGCCGCCGCCGCCGCGGUGGCGGGGGCUGCCGGUGUCGCGGCCACGGCCGACGCGGACGCGCUGCUGGCGGCGAAGGCGGCGCUGUCGGACCUGGCCGGCGCGCUGGCGUCCUGGACGAACGCCACCGGCCCCUGCGCGUGGUCCGGCGUGACGUGCAACGCGCGCGCCGCGGUCAUCGGGCUGGACCUCUCCGGCCGGAACCUCUCGGGCCCGGUCCCCGCCGCGCUGUCCCACCUCGCGCACCUCGCGCGCCUCGACCUCGCCGCGAACGCGCUCUCGGGCCCCAUCCCGGCGCCGCUGUCCAGGCUGCAGUCCCUCACCCACCUCAACCUCUCCAACAACGUGCUCAACGGCACCUUCCCGCCGCCGCUCGAGCGCCUGUCGUCGCGUUGCCGAUGCUCCGCCACCUCCACCUCGGCGGCAACUUCUUCUCCGGCGAGAUCCCGCCCGAGUACGGCCGGUGGCGGAGGCUGCAGUACUCGCCGUCUCCGGGAACGAGCUGUCGGGGAAGAUCCUCCGGAGCUCGGCGGCCUCACCAGCCUCAGGGAGCUCUACAUUGGCUACUACAACAGCUACUCUGGCGGGAUUCCGCCGGAGCUCGGCAACAUGACGGAUCUCGUCCGCCUCGACGCCGCCAACUGCGGGCUCUCCGGCGAGAUUCCGCCGGAGCUCGGGAAUCUUGCCAACCUCGACACGCUCUUCCUGCAGGUGAACGGGCUCGCCGGCGCCAUUCCGCCGGAGCUGGGUCGGCUCAGGAGCCUCAGCUCGCUGGACCUGUCCAACAACGCGCUCACCGGCGAGAUUCCAGCGAGCUUCGCCGCGCUCAAGAACCUCACUUUGCUCAACCUCUUCCGCAACAAGCUCAGGGGCAGCAUCCCCGAGCUCGUCGGCGACCUGCCAAGCCUCGAGGUGCUGCAGCUCUGGGAGAACAACUUCACCGGCGGCAUCCCGCGCCGUCUCGGCCGCAACGGACUGCUCCAGCUGGUCGACCUCUCGUCCAACAGGCUCACCGGCACCCUCCCGCCGGAGCUCUGCGCCGGGGGCAAGCUGGAGACGCUCAUCGCGCUCGGCAACUUCCUCUUCGGCUCAAUCCCGGAAUCACUGGGGAAAUGCGAGGCACUCUCCCGCAUCCGCCUCGGCGAGAACUACCUCAACGGCUCCAUCCCGGAGGGUCUCUUUGAACUGCCGAAUCUGACGCAGGUUGAGCUGCAGGACAACCUCCUGUCCGGCGGCUUCCCGGCGGUGACCGGCACCGGCGCGCCGAAUCUGGGGGCCAUCACUCUCUCCAAUAACCAGCUCACCGGCGCGCUGCCGGCGUCCAUUGGGAAUUUCUCAGGUUUGCAAAAAUUGCUUCUUGACCAGAAUGCAUUCUCCGGCGCAGUACCGCCAGAGAUUGGCCGGCUGCAGCAGUUGUCUAAGGCUGACCUGAGCGGCAAUGUGCUUGACGGCGGUGUGCCGCCGGAGGUUGGGAAAUGCCGGUUGCUCACCUACCUGGACCUCAGCCGGAACAACCUGUCCGGGGAGAUACCGCCGGCCAUCUCUGGCAUGCGAAUACUCAACUACCUGAACCUGUCCCGGAACCACCUUGAUGGAGAGAUACCGGCAACCAUUGCUGCAAUGCAGAGCCUCACGGCCGUCGACUUCUCAUACAACAACCUGUCUGGCCUCGUGCCGCAACUGGGCAGUUCAGCUACUUCAAUGCGACGUCGUUCGUCGGCAACCCGGGGCUGUGUGGGCCGUACCUUGACCAUGCCAUUCUGGUGGCGCCGGCACAGGCCAUGGUGCACACACCCAUGGUGGCAUGUCCAAUACCUUCAAGUUGCUCAUCGUCCUCGGCUUGCUUGUCUGCUCCAUUGCGUUUGCUGCCAUGGCAAUCUGGAAGGCCCGAGAAUUCCUGAAAUCAACCAAUCCUUUAUUGGAUUGCUAUCCUGUGGAUCUACAGAGUAUGCAUAUACCCUCAAGGUCGAUGAGAAGAGCGAUGUCUACAGCUUUGGUGUCGUUCUUCUUGAGCUGGUCACCGGAAAGAAGCCAGUAGGGGAGUUUGGGGACGGCAUCGACAUUGUCCAGUGGGUCAAGACGACGACGGAUGCAAACAAGGAGCAGGUGAUCAAGAUCAUGGACCCCAGGCUGUCAAUCGUGCCAGUGCACGAGGUGAUGCACGUCUUCUACAUCGCGCUACUCUGCGUCGAGGAGCAGAGCGUGCAGCGGCCUACGAUGCGGGAGGUGGUGCAGAUGCUCAGCGAGCUUCCGAAGCCAGCUGCAAGGCAAGGAGACGAACCUCCCAGCGGUGAUGAUGGUUCCGCCGCACCAUCUGAUCCUCCAGCAGCAGAUGGAUCUGUCGAAGCGCCGGCAUGA